AUGGUGACCGAGCUUCAACAGGCAAACCAACGGAUGGCGGAGGAGAAUCAAAGGAUGCAAAAUCAAAUCGCGCAGCUGGUUAACGCCCGAAUAGAGCACAACAAUGACCAUCAACCGCGACAAGAAAACGACGAGCGACGGUCGAAUCCGACUCAUGUCUCGGAAACACCUCAGAGUAAUGAGGGAGGAGGCAACAACAAUGAGGAAGGUCAACCUGAUGACGAAGAGGAAGAACGAGACAACUCUGCCGGACCAUUUACAACCGAUAUAAUGAAUUUUCAAUUGCCAAGGCAAUUCACCCUGCCGACGACCCUGACACCAUACAAUGGACUAGGAGACCCGAAGCAGCACGUCAAAAAAUUCCGAUCUAUUAUGAUCGUCAACGGUGCAUCCGACCCAAUUUUAUGUCGCUAUUUUCCGUCAUUUUUAGAUGGUCCUGCACUUGACUGGUUUUGCUAUUUGCCUGCAGAUUCUAUAUCGCGAUUCCAGGAGCUGGCGAGGCAAUUCGAAGAUCAUUUUGCCGCAUCAGCAAUCUACUUGCACGAUUCGGACUACUUGACAACCAUUAAACAAGGGCCGCAAGAAAGCUUGAAGGAUUACAUCACGCGCUUCACCAAGGUCGCCAUGAGAAUUCCCGAUCUCCACCCAGAGGUUCACCUUCAUGCCAUUAAGAGCGGCCUCCGCCCCGGCAAGUUUCAAGAGACUAUCGCCGUAGAGAAGCCCAAAACCUUGGCCGAAUUUCGGGAGAAGGCUAAAGGUCAGAUUGAUGUUGAAGAGCUCAGGCAAGCACGAAAGACAGAAAGAUCGCCUGCAAGCAAGGAUGACGAUAAAUCCCGAGAUAACAAGAAAACAUUCAAGCCAGUUCCUCGUUAUGAUUCAUACACCCAGUUCAACGCAAAGAGAGAUGAUAUCAUCAAGGAGAUACUCAACUCUAAAUUAAUAAGGCCUCCUCGAAAAGCUGGCAAUUAUCCGGAAUCAAAGGGAGUUGACAAAUCAAAAUAUUGCACUUUCCACCAAAAGCACGGACACACAACCGAUGAAUGCGUUAUUGCUAAGGAUCUCCUAGAACGACUGGCAAGACAAGGACAUCUCGACAAGUUCAUUGCAGGACACAUGCAGAGAAACACCAUCCCAACACUUGAUACAUCAGCAGUAGGCACAUCCUCGAAAGGAAAGGAGAAAGCUCCGGCACAACCUAGAGGGGUAAUAAAUUGCAUUUCAGGAGGUUACGCUGGAGGUGGACACACAAGCUCAGCCAGAAAAUGA